AUGAGUUUGCAGAGUUUUUCUGAGCAGUUUUUGUAUACUUGUUGUGUAGCUACCCCACCUGAUCUCUCUCUCUAUCUGAAAGAUUCCCAAAAAAAAAAAAAAAGAGAAACCCUUGAAUUUUUCUUGGAUUCCAAAAUCUGAAUUGGUUUGUAAUUUGUAAAGGCAGGCAGAGAGAUUGAAUUGGAUGUGGAGGAAGCAAGAAGAAGAAGAGGAGAGAGAAAGAGAUGAUUUUGAUGAUAAUUUUGAAGGUUCAAAAACCAAAACUUGUUUCCAAUAUGAGGAGUCAUUAUCAUGGGAAGAACAAGCUUUUGCUGAAGAUGCUGGCCGUCUUGGAGCUUGCGUUUGGCCACCAACCUCUUAUUCUUGCUCCUUUUGUAGAAGAGAAUUUCGUUCAGCUCAAGCCUUAGGCGGCCAUAUGAAUGUCCACAGAAGAGAUAGGGCUAGAUUAAAGCAAUCCCCAAAUAACAACAAUAACCCUAAUUUCACUACGACUGAUUAUUCCUUGACCUUAUUUCAAUCCCGUUCUUCUUCUUCUCAUCACCAUCUUUCUUCUUUACCUGAUUAUCAUCUUCCUAACCCUAAUCCGUCUCUGCCAGAUGGCGGUCGAUCGGAUUCAAAGGCGGGCAAAGAUGAGGAGUUGAUAAAUUCUUGCUCUAGGGUUAGGGACAAAGAUCAUGUUGGAAUUGGGGUUCCGGAUGAGGGGUUGAAUUUUGGUUUUGGUCGAUCUCGGCCGACGUCAGGUUUGUUUGACGACGACGGUCGGGAUGACGCGGGGGCGGUGACUGGAUGCAAAAGGAGGAAAACGGACGAUGCGACGACGUCGCCGAUACAAUUUUAUGUGAAGUCCAGUAGCUUGGUAGAAAAUCAUCAUCAACAUCAUCAUAUUCAAUCAGAGGUAAUUGGACUUAGAUCUACCUCCUUACAUGAUUUGGAUCUUGAACUGAGGCUUGGUGGUCUUUCUAAAGGUUGAGUAAAUUCAAAAUUCAAACUCUCAAUUGCUCAAUGUUUGGUGAGCAAAUUCCAUCAUUUAAUUGAAGUUCUCAUCCGAGUUUUUGUUUUUACUUUUAUUUUUAUUUUCACUUUUGAAGUAGAGGCUGAGGUCUUUCUAAUUCGAGUACAACUUCUUAAUUUUGCAGUCUCUGUGUAACAAAAAGUUUCAAUAUUGAAUAUUUCUGAUUAUUGUAAACAAUAACCAAAGCAAAGAAGAUACACAAUAAUCAUAUUCAA